UUCAUAUUGUUUAUGAAAACUAAUUAGUUUUAAUUAGACAAUCGAAUACAAACAAAUCGUUUCGGCUAAAAUAAAACAAACGAUGAGUAUUUAUAAUGAAGAUGAAUUAGUGCCUCCGACAUGGAUCAAUCAAGAUUUUUUUGAAAAAGUUUUAAGACAAUAUGAAAAAAAUGAUACUAUUAAAUUAACCGAUCUCCAAAUAAGUCCAGCUAGUGUAAAAGGUGAUCAUUAUGCCAGUAUUAUGUUUAGAUGUAAAGUCUCUUAUGGCUGCAAUAAUAAUUCGGGAGAUAUUAAACAAAAAUCUUUAAUAUUAAAAACUUUGCCCAUGGAAGAUGGUCCAAAACGUGACAUGUUAAAAGAAUCAAGUUUAUUUGAAACUGAAAUCGGCAUGUAUACUAAAGCUUUGCCAAAAAUUGAGAAAAUUUUGGCAGAUGGUGGAGAAGCCACUAAAUUAGCGGCCGACAUUAUUUACCAUUCUCUAGAACCUAACAAAGUUCUAAUUUUUGAAGAUCUCUGUGAAGCUGGUUAUACUACCAUACGUGGCCGUUAUCUUACAGAAGAUGAAAUUAAAUUGGUCUUUUCUAAAAUUGCCAGAUUACAUGCAGCUAGUUUUAUUUUAAGCCAAACAGAGGAUAAGGAAUGUGUAACGAAAUUCGAAGAUGGCAUGUUGUGUAGCUCCAAUAUAAUGGCCAUGGAUUUUAUGACCUCGGGUAUAGUUAAUUUCAUAGCAAUGCUUAAAAAACAUGAAGAAUUCAAAGUGUAUUUGGAAAAGAUCGAAGCCAUGAAAUCGGUUAUGUUAACUAAGAGUCAAGAACUGUAUAAGGCCUAUAAAUUAAAUCGGGGCCAGGGAGAUAUAUUCGUUUUAAAUCAUGGCGAUUUUCAUCUGAGAAAUAUGAUGUUUAAAUUUAACUCUGAUAAUCAAAUGGAAGAUUUAAUAAUGGUGGAUUAUCAAAUAAGUUGCUAUGGUCCUUCCACUAUCGAUUUGGCUUAUUCGCAAUAUUUGCUUAUGAGUCCUGAAAUGCGUGCGAGAAGAAAUAUAUUUAUGCUGUAUUAUUUUGAGGAAUUUUUAAGGGUGUUAAAGAGGCUUAACUUUAAAGGACAAAUGCCACUUUAUUCGGAUUUCCAAAUAGCUUUUUUGAAAUAUAGGCAUUUUACAUUAUUUUUGUUGUCCACCAUUUUGCCGCAUGUUCGUAUGAUCUUAGUUGCUUCAACGGAUGAUCUUAAAGAUGUCGAUGCUACUAAAUAUGUAGAAAAUCCUGAAAUGGGUGCUGUGGCCUAUGAGCAUCCAGAAUUUUUAGCUGAAAUGCGCCAUUUGUUACCGAGAUUAUUAAGAGAAGGUUUUUUCGAUUGAUUUGUUAAUUUUAUGUUAAAUAAUUAUUUGAUUUUAAGCGCAAAUUUGAUAGUCGUUUUAAAGUACACAAAAAUUUCGGAUGGACUAUUUUUGUAUUGAAAGUUUUAAAAUUGUUUACUCGUCCAUGGAAAAUAGCCUGUUAACAAGUCGGUUGGCUAGUCGAUUGACUGGUCUAUUCAAUAGUCAGUCUAUGGACUAAUAAGUAUAUUGCCUAUCCUAUGGACUAGUCAACUCGGUUGACAAAUCUAUUGUCUAGGCUUAUAACUGGUCGAUUGACGAGUCUAUGGACUAGUCAGUUAAUUAGUCUAUUGACUAGUUUGUUGAUUAUUCUAUGAACUAGUCAGUUGAUUAGU